GGAUGAGAGCAUUUUGGAGACAAAUCUGGGAAUGCCUCCAGGGAAUCUUCACUUUGGAACAUAUCUUGGAUGUGCAGAUGAACACAGAAUCAUAGAAUAGUAGAGUUGGAAGGGGCCUAUAAGGCCAUCAAGUCCAACCCCCUGAAGUCCAACAUGACCACCCACUUGGAUGGCUUUAAAAGGCUAUUAAAACAAAUCCAUGGAGGAGGAGAUGGAGAAGGCUAUCAAUGGCCUCUGAAUACCAGUUGCUAAGGAUCACACAUGAGGAGAGUCGCUGCUGUACUCAAGCCCUACUGCUGUCAACGGUUUGUGGAUGCUGCUGGAACCUGCCCAGGAAUACUGAACUAAAGCCCGUGUUAAGAAAACAUGUUUUGUUGUUGUCAUGUGCCUCCAAGUCGACUACAACUUAUGGCGACCCUAUGAAUCAGUGACCUCCAAGAGCAUCUGUCAUGAACCACCCUGUUCAGAUCUUCCUCCGUGUGCUGCUCCUUCAUUCUCUCCUGGCUGGGGUGGUGGACCCACGGCCCCACGGUGCCCACAAGGAAGCCCAUCUUCAGCUAGAGGCUGUCAAACGGGGCAUCUUGGCCAGGGUGGGCAUGGAACAGCCUCCGGCCAUCCGAGAGGCGUUGGACCAGGAUGGGAUCCGAGAGGCGCGUCAACUCUAUUGGGAGAAGGUGUCCCAACUUGGACAGAACCAAACUCAGCUGCCAACACCAGCCACGACCGUUCAUCUCCUGAGGCUAAAAGUUAAGCCUCUGGGCGAAGACUUGGCUGAAAGCCUGCGAGCCACAAGUGGACGCCUCUACAGCCUGGAAGUCUCUAGGACACCAGCACUCCUCCACCAGAACGUCCACGUCCUCAGGGCUGAGCUGGCCUUGUUCAAGCAGUCGAUCAACCUUGCCAGUGUCUCCCAGCCGAACUCAACAGGACCAGUUCAUGUAAAUAUCUACAAAUUGGGCGACGGGGGCAGAGCGACCCCCACCCUCUUGGCGGCCCCAGCCAUCUCGACUGCCUCACCAAUCGUCAGCCUCAGGGAUACCGUGGAGCAGUGGCUAGCUGGCCCUGAGCCAAGGCUCCAUCUGUGGCUGGAGUUUCCGGCUGCAGUGGCCACGUGGUUGGAGGGGCGAGAGUGGCUGCCUCUGAAGGUGGAGACGAAGGACCAGGGUCAAGUCAGGAAGGCGAGGCAGCUGGACGAGGAGUGUGGAAAAGGCGAUGGCAAAUGCUGCCUGCAUUCGUUGAAAGUCUCCUUUGAGGCCAUUGGGUGGUCCGAUUGGGUGCUGGCUCCCAGCAGCUACUCCAUGAAGUUCUGCGAGGGCUCCUGCCCCCACAACUACAAGCCGGCCAGCAUGCAUGCCCAGAUCAAGGCCAGGCUGCACAGCCUGUCCGGGGAGACCCCAGCGCCGUGUUGCGUCCCUGCCGCCUAUGAGCCCAUGGUGUUGAUGCAUUACGGCAGCGAUGGGAAGGUGGUCACCCAGAUCUUCGACGACAUGAUCGUCACACGGUGCCACUGCGCAUAAAAGCCAGAGAGGGUGGGGAGAGACUCUGGGGGGAGAGGCGUCCCGCCUGCCGGGAGCAAGAGAUGCAAGUCAUGCCUGUGACUGUGCUUUCACGGAUGGAAAAGUAGCACUUUUUUGGGAGGGUUUGUGUUUGUGUCUUCUGAACGGCCUUCCACAGGGAUGUGGUUGUCCGAAGUCUCGGGGGUCUUAUACCCCUUACCUUUUUGGGAGCAGGGUCUCUAUGUCUCCAGCAUCCUAUGAGCCAAUCAGCAUGAAAGGGGAGGAUGUUAGCCACUGAGAAGAGUCUUCUAAACAUGCUUCCUGGUCCUUUCUUGCUGAUUGAUGCCAAUCAGAAUGAAAGGAGGUAAGUCAGCCACUGAGAAGACUCCUUUCAGUAGCUAGCCCUCCCACCUUUCGUGCUUUUUGCCUCCUGGGGACAUCUGUUGUUGUGGGAGAAGGCAUUAACAAGGAUCUCAUUCUCAACCCAGCAGCAAAAAAAGGGGUGUGUGUUGCUGAGACUAUCAUGAAGGGACCCUGCACUUCUGAAUUUGCCACUAUCACCAAUGACGCUCUAGUUCAAUGGCUGUUUGUGGCCUGGCCCAGCAGCUCCUUAUUCCUACUAGGUCAUUUUCUUUUCUGGGAAGUCAUCCCAACCAAUCAGGGAUCCCAGUGUCAGCAUUAUGACAUGACAGCUUAUAAGCACUUUAUACACCAAAAAAGGGUUUAUUUAUAAGUGGAUAUUAAUAAAUGUAGAUAAUAACUGGGGGGGGGAAGGGUAUUUUAUGAACAUUUUAAAAGCAGGGUCUUGGAGCAGGGAUUGUGUCCCCAUCCUCUGAGCACCCUUUUAGAGCCUCAACCUGUUUGUUGUUCAAAACUGUUUUUUUUUUAAUCCUGUUCUCUUAUUUAUUGCUAACUUAUUCUUGUUUGUAUCAUCAGCAUUUUGGUUGUUAUUGGUUUAUAUUAUUUAUAAAAAGAAGAUUUAUGGGGGGAAAGAGGAAAACA